GCACGCAGGCGCUUCUGUGGACGUGUAGAAUCCAUGGCCGCGAAUGGGGUGGAAAAUAAGAGGGUAUGUGGAUUAUGACUUAUAUCCAGAGAAUAAACGACAUAUUUCAAUUUUUCGCUCUUUGGUAUUGCACUUUACUAGUUCCUAUUUGCGGUACUUUUGCGAUAGUCCGAUCGGAGGCUGAGCCAAGGUCGCUUGUUUGCAAAGAGUUCGAUCUGCUAAGAUAACUGCAGGGGGAAGCUGUGCGUCUCCGCCUAGAGCUAAGGUCGCCACUAUCCGCCUAUAUGAUGCCGCGGGAUAACACGACUUCUCUUAUCCAAAGAAUUGCAAGACAAGCACAUGUUACUUUUAAAAACACGGGCUCAUCUGCAAGCGGGGCCAAUAAUGAAGUAUUUUUAGAGAACCACAAUAAGCUUUGUAACCUUUUAAAUGAAAUCAAGGCGGCGGAUCUAAAAAUUGCACCAAGGAAAAGAAGGAGUUCUAAGUCUCUGGGUAGUAGUCCUCCGGUCACGUACAUGCACAUAUGCGAAACGAACGGUUUUAGCAUGGGGGUGUUUCUGCUGAAGACGGGAUCCUCCAUCCCGCUGCACGACCACCCGGGGAUGAAUGGCUUGCUGAAAGUCCUCUACGGCAAGAGGGAAGCUCUGCGGAGGUCGGUGUUGGGCUCCGUCUGUGAGAUCUCCGAGGAGAGCGCUCCCUGCAUUCUCACCCCCCAGAAGGACAACCUACAUCAGAUCGAUGCGGUGGACGGACCGGCAGCUUUUUUGGACAUACUGGCACCCCCCUACGACUCCGAUGACGGGAGAGACUGUCACUAUUACAAAAUCCUCCGGCCUGUUUCGGAGAACGCGAACGAGAAGCCGGAGCAACGGGAGGAUGAAAUGUGGUUAUUAGAAAUCCCUCAGCCGGCAGACUUCUCGUGUGGUGGUGAGCCGUACCCUGGCCCCAAGAUUUGUCUUUAAAUCAAGUAGGCUUUCUGUGAAAAAUGUAAAAGACACGCGGCUUCAUAAAGGGGAAGGAAUUCCAUUCUGCCGAGUGCGUCAUCGGCGGAACAGUAACAGUUGUUUACUGGACAUUUCUCAGGACAUGCUUUCUUCAUGGAUUAUUCUCUUGUGUACACAUUAUGCAUUUAAUGCUGAAUAUUUAGUGGGCUUUUGGCAACAUAUAGCCAGUGUGACCGUCGGAUGUAUCCCAAGGGAGAUGUAGCCAUUCUGUAGCCACACAAUGGAUGAAGUGAAAGUCGUCAAGGAACUAUCAUUAAUUUGCGAUGAUUGUUGUCUGUAUUGUAUCCUGAAUGUGCUGCACACCGCCUUAUUUUUCAUCUCUCCAACACCAAAAUACAACCUCUCGUUUACGCGAAAUCAAUUUUUAGAACACUAUUAAGAGGCCUACCAAUAGUCAUCAAAUAAUAUUUAAGCAAUAAAAUAUCAAAUGUUUAGUUCUGUGUCCACACUUCUGUGAACCCUGUAAUGAUAUAGCGAGAAAUGUUGACAUACAGCCGUUGCAUAUGUAACGCAAAUGCUUUGUAUAUAGCUUAUGUACAUUUACAAUUAUGCAUUUUUGUAGGAAGACUGAAAUAGAUUCAUUUUGAGUGAUUUCAUGUGAUUAUUUAAAUAUUAACUUCUAAAGUGUU